GUGACUCGAGCAUCACUCACACACGAGCAGUGUCUCUCUAUCAGCGUCACACCGAUAUUACUCUGGUGUGCUCUCAGACGCGUAAAAAACAAGCCUUAAAACGUAAGCCACAGCAACAUUUACCACGUCGCGUACCCAAUCAAGCCACGGUCGUACCUCUAAACGAGAUCUCAUUAGCAAAUUUCAAUCCGAUUUUAUUUCACUUUAGAAAAAGUACCACUUUGUGAACUAGGAUUUCAAGAUGGCUGCCUCGUGUCUGCGAGCGUUUAGACUUGGUGCAGCAAGAGCUGGAUCAUUUCUACCUAGAGCUCAGGCUUCCUCCCCCACACUUGUCAAUCAAAUGCGGUAUAAUAGCAGCAUAUCAUUGAAUGAGAAGGAUAAUGGUGUGGCAGAGCUCGUAAUGCACAGCGAGCCAUCAAACUCUUGGAGUCUUGACUUUCUAGAGGAGUUUUGCCUGGCCAUGGAGGACCUAGAAAAUGACAGAGACUGUCGAGGAGUGAUCAUUACUUCGAAUAUUCCAAGGAUUUUCUCAUAUGGCACAGACAUUAAUGAACUCUACCAGACAAAGGCUGACAGGCUUAAGGUGUACCGCCGCAGACAGCAGGAAUUCUGGCAGCGUCUGUACGGGUCACGCCUAGCAACCGUCGCCUCCAUCAAUGGUAAUAGUCCAGGGGGGGGUUGUCUGGUGGCCCUGGCAUGUGAUUAUCGCAUCAUGGCACCUGGCUUCAAGAUUGGUUAUAAUGAAGUCAAAGGGGGAUUGCUGGCUGCCAGCUGGGAUAUCGCAACCAUGGUAUCAGUGUUGGGCAGACAAGUGACUGAGCGCUCUGUUCAGGUUGGUCAGAUGUUCACAUCAGAGGAGGCCCUGAAAGUGGGCAUGGUGGAUGAGAUUGUUCCCCUGGGUGAGGCCUCUGCCGCUGCAAUGGCGGCCAUGGAGAAAUGGCUUCGGAUACCAGACAAAAUUCGCUCCAAAGCCAAGCUCACACUACGCAGAGAAGAGCUUCAGCGGAUGCAGGAUCGUCGGGAGGAGGACCUCCGCGAGUUUGUCGCGCGGGUGCAGAAGGAUUACACGCAAAAGUCCAUUCAGAACCUUCUAGAAAAGCGAAAGCAAAAGGGACACGACGCUCCGUUUAUCUGGGGGGAGGAGUAAGUAAGUUCUGUUGUAAGACCUGCCUAGGACCUUUCUUAAGUAAAUGUAUUAACCCUCCCAGUUCCCUUGCACACUUUAAAAAAAAUCUGAAAAAAAUGGAUUUAUUAUUAUUAAAGUUUUUGGUAGUACUUAUCGGUGUGUGCGUGCGCAUCUGAACAAUCUCGCGCAAAUGAUCAAGUAUAUUUUGUGUAUGGCCCUGAAAAUUUUAUCUAAAUAAUGUAACAGUUUGUGGUUAUACCGAUCUCUUAAUAAACCGAUUAAACUAA